UUCCUCUUUCUUCAAAAUCGAAACAAACUUGGAGACUGAAGCUCCGAAGGUGGCUCUUCAUGGCAGCCAGGACGCCUCUGGAAAUGCUCCAGGAUGAAUCCUGCUGCUCCAUCUGCCUGGGAAUAUUCCAAGACCCCGUAUCCAUCCACUGCGGGCACAGCUUUUGCCGGUCGUGCAUCACUGAAACCUGGGAAGGACUGACCACCAACUUCUCCUGCCCCCAGUGCAGGGAGACGGGGGACCAGAAGAGCCUCCGCCCCAACUGGGAGUUGUCCAACGUUAUUGAAGCAGCCAAGAGAUUGAACCUGCAACCAGUCAGAGAGGUGGAAGGAGAGGAGAACGUCUGUGAGGAGCACCAGGAACCCCUGAAGCUCUUCUGCCAAGAUGAUAAAAGGCUCAUCUGCCUCGUGUGUGACAAGUCCAAGAUGCACCGUGACCAUUCUGUGGUUCCCAUGGGUGAAGCUGCCCAGGAGUACAAGAAACAAACGGAGACCCAACUGCACCUUCUGAAAUCAGAGCAAGAGGCACUUCAAUCUUCCAUGAAGGACAGACAAGACAGACUCAAGGACCACACUGAGAGGACAGAAGCUGCAAAGCAGGAGAUUGUGAGGACAUAUAGGAAGAUGCACGAGUUCCUGGAGAAGCAGGAGUCCUCUCUUCUGGCCCAGCUGGAGCAGCUGGACACAGAGAUAAGGAAAGCCCAUGAAGAAAUCCUCCAGAGGCUUUUGGAGGAGACAACGAGGCUGGGCACGCUGAUUGGGGAGAUGGAGAGGACCUCCCAGCAGCCAGACUGGCAGCUCCUGAAGGACAUCAGAACCACCUUGAGCAGGGGCCAGAGGGAAACACUCUCCCAAUCACUCGAUAUUUCCCCGGAUCUGGAAAAGAAAUUGUCUGAUUUCACCGAGAGGAACCCAAAUAUCAAAGAACUUCUGGAGCAAUGCCAAGAUUUUCUGGAGUUCGAGCUUCCCUUGACAACACAGAUGACGCUGGACCCAGAAACGGCCAACACCAGGCUUUAUCUCUCGGAAGACUGCAAGCUUGUGCAGUUUGAAGACUGUGAGCAGGACCUGCCCUCCAACCCGAGGAGGUUCACAUUCAUGCCAUGUGUGCUGGGCUCAAGGGGCUUCACAUCAGGAUGGAACCGCUGGGAUGUGGAGGUCCAAAGAGAAGGCGCGUGGGCCCUUGGGGUGGCCAAGGAGUCAGUUCCAAGGGACCGUUUAUUGUGUCUGAAGCCCAAUGAGGGGGUAUGGGCUCUGUGUCAUACCCAAAAUGAGUACGUGGCUCUGACCUCUCCUUUUAACACCCGCUUGACUCUGCACAGUGUCCCCAAGUGGAUACAAAUCUGCUUGGACUAUGAGAAAGGGAGGGUGCUUUUUUUUGAUGCCGAGAGCAAAGAACGGAUCUUUGCUUUUCCACCGGAGCCUUUCCAAGGGGAGAGAGUCUUCCCAUGGUUCAUGGUCAAUAAGGACGCUCAACUCAAACUUCUUUCCUAAGUCACAGAACAAAAAAAACAACCCAACCCCCGAAAGCCAUCAACUUAUCCUUGGGAAAUAAACCAGGGACGAGGUUUUGUCCAAAUCCCAAAGGGACAGGAAAGGGUAGCAGUGUUCAUAUGCUUUUCCUUAGUGCAGAAUGGGACCCAUUCUGUGGCUUAUAUUCUAUUUUGAUCUUUCAAUCGCUGUUUAAUCACUAAAUGGCUGUUACAGGGUGGCUGAAAACUUGCUCUGAUGUGGACUUAAAAUUAUAAGUGCAAUUCUAAACCA